AUGGGGAUUCUGGCAGUCGUCGAAGAACGGCCGACGCCGCCGUCGGUCUACAACUGGCGCAUAUACGCCCUGGCGUGCAUCGCAUCCUGCGGAUCCUGCAUGAUCGGGUACACGAGCGCCUUCAUCGGGACAACCGUCGCGCUCGACUCCUUCAAGAGCGAAUUCGGCCUCGACAGGUUGUCGACGACGGAACGAAACCUGAUCAGCGAGAACAUCGUCUCCCUCUUCGUGGCCGGCGCCUUCUUCGGCGCCUUGCUCACCUACUGCCUCAGCCACUUCAUCGGACGCAAGUGGUGCUUAGCGAUCGGUGCCACCACCUUCUCUUUGGGCGCCGGUCUGACAUGCGGCGCCAACAGUAGUCUUGGGCUUGGAAUUCUCUAUGCUGGGCGUGUGUUCUCAGGCUUGGGAACGGGAGUUGCGUCGAACAUCAUCCCGAUCUACAUUUCCGAACUAUCACCGCCCGCGAUUCGCGGCCGUCUCGUUGGUUUGUACGAACUUGGUUGGCAGAUAGGCGGUAUGGUGGGUUUCUGGAUCAACUACGGUGUUGAAGCACACGUACCCUCAGGCCACACCCAAUGGAUCAUUCCUUUCGCCGUCCAGCUGAUCCCCUCCGGCCUCCUUCUGCUCGGGUCGAUGUGGAUCCGGGAGUCACCCCGGUGGCUUUUCCUCAAGGACCACCGCAAAGAAGCCAUGGAGAACCUGUGCUGGAUUCGUCAGCUCGAACCUAACGAUAUCUACAUUCAAGAGGAGAUUGCCGCCAUCGACAAGAUCUAUGAGACGCAAAAGGCCACUGUCGGUGUCGGAUUCUGGCAGCCAUUCCAGGCCUUGGCUGCUCGCCCGAAACUGCAGUGGCGAUUGUUCCUAGGAUGCAUGCUGUUCUUCUGGCAAAACGGAAGUGGUAUCAACGCGAUCAACUACUACUCUCCGACCAUCUUCUCAAGCAUUGGAAUCGACUCGAACACCGUCAACCUGAUGACUGGUAUUUUCGGUGUCAUCAAGGCCAUCAUGACCUUCGUGUGGCUGCUUUUCCUCGUCGAUCAGCUUGGAAGACGCAAACUCUUGCUCAUUGGUGCAGUAACUGGAUCGAUCUGCAUGUGGGUUAUCGGCGCAUAUGUAUGCGUCGUUGAACCGACCAAGAACCCCCAGGAUCACUUGACAGGCAGCGGUUACGCAGCCAUCGUCUUCUUCUAUCUCUGGACGGCGGUUUACACUCCGACGUGGAACGGUACUCCUUGGGUUAUCAACUCUGAAUUCUUCGACCCGAACUUCCGCUCCCUUGCCGGAGGUGCGACAACAGCUAGCAACUGGCUGUUCAACUUUCUCGUUUCGCGGUUCACGGAACAGAUGUUCGAAGCCAUGGGCUAUGGCGUCUACUUCUUCUUCGCAUCACUGUCACUCCUGGCCUUCUUCUUCGCCUUCUUUCUCAUUCCCGAGACCAGUGGAGUCCCGCUUGAGAAGAUUGAUAGGCUUUUUGAGAUCAAACCAGUGUGGAGGGCGAACGAGACAUUGAUGGCCCAGCUUAGAGACGAGGAGGUUCAGUUCCGGACUGACGCCAAGGGCGACGCCACUCACAAAGAGCAUACCGGUGGCGUCAAAGCCGGUACGGAAACGGACUCUAGCUAG